CCCAUCCGCGCUGCAGGCGGAGGGCUACGGGUUACGGGCUGAGCCGCGCCCGCAACGACGUCUCUCCCUUCAGUCGACCACCCGCCAGCACCCAGCCCCGCUCUCCCCAGCAGCCUGUUCCCGGCGGACUGGGGCUGCUUCUCAGCGUCGGCUUCCCCUGCAGCCUGGAGGCUCCCAGUAUGAGCUGCAUCGUUCGCGCUGAGAGACAGAAGGAUGCAUGUAAGAGGAUAGCAUGGUCAGCGAAGGAUAAAAAGAACUGAUUUCCUGUGAAGGUGACAGAGCACUGGAACAGGCUGCCCUGGGGGUGGUGGAGUCUCCUUCUCUGGAGAUAUUCAAGACCUGCCCAUACACUUUCCUGUGCAACCUGCUCUAGGGAACCUGCUUUAAUAAAGAUGAGUUUAAAAGUUAGUUUAGAGCAGUGGAUUUAUCAUGAAGAAUUUAUCUAUGAACUGUGAAUCCUCCAAAAGAUUCACCCCAGAUGUGAGAGCCUCAGUGCGCAGGCGGAGUGUUUGGAAGCAAAUAUUGGGCUGCAAGGGAGCUCUGCCAAGUGAGGUGCAGAUUACGAUGCACGAUUAUCACAGAAGAAAUUCAUGUCUAUAGCUUUUAAGGACUUGAUUACAUCAUCUUCAAGCCUGGUAGUUUUGGAAUCCAUAUUGCAGCUGCAACAACAAGUUUGCUUUUGCGUUUAAAUAAAUAUCUUUCCUAUUAGAAGAUAUUGAAGUGCUCUGUUUAACCACAGGGAUACCACUGAAAUAUUGUAAGAUUUCCCAGUUGCAAAUUUACAGUCAUAUAUUUGCUAGCCAGACCAACGCCAAAAUGAUUCCUAAUGGAUAUCUGAUGUUUGAAGAUGAAAAUUUCAUCGAGUCAUCUGUUGCCAAACUAAAUGCCUUACGUAAGAGCGGUCAGUUCUGUGAUGUCCGACUCCAGGUGUGUGGGCAUGAGAUGCUGGCGCACAGAGCUGUGCUAGCGUGCUGCAGUCCCUACCUGUUUGAAAUCUUCAAUAGUGAUAGUGAUUCUCAUGGAAUUUCUCAUGUCAAAUUUGAUGAUCUCAAUCCAGAUGCUGUUGAAGUUCUGCUGAAUUAUGCCUAUACUGCUCAGUUGAAAGCUGAUAAAGAACUGGUGAAAGACGUUUAUUCUGCAGCAAAGAAGUUGAGGAUGGAAAGAGUAAAGCAGGUCUGUGGUGACUACUUGCUCUCCAAGAUGGAUGUUCAGAGCUGCAUCUCUUACCGAAACUUUGUAAGCUGCAUGGGAGACUCGCGCUUGUUGAGCAAAAUUGAUGGCUACAUUCAGGAACAUCUUCUGCAGAUUUCAGAACAGGAGGAAUUCCUCAAGCUUCCACGGUUAAAGCUUGAAGUAAUGCUUGAAGACAAUGUUGGCCUACCCAGCAAUGGCAAAUUGUACACAAAGGUAAUCAACUGGGUACAGCGCAGCAUCUGGGAAAAUGGAGACAGCCUGGAAGAUCUGAUGGAAGAGGUUCAAACACUGUACUACUCAGCUGAUCACAAGCUGCUUGAUGGAAAUCUGCUAGAUGGACAGGCUGAGGUGUAUGGCAGUGAUGAUGACCACAUUCAGUUUGUGCAGAAGAAGCCACCACGUGAGAAUGAUCACAAGCAGAUAAGUAGCAGCUCCUCUGGAAGUCUUUCUCCAAAUGCUACUGUGCACAGUCCUAAGCAUGAAUGGAAGAUCAUUGCUUCAGAAAAAACUUCAAGCAACACGUACCUGUGUCUGGCAGUUCUGGACAGUGUUCUGUGUGUGAUCUUCCUGCACGGCCGUAGCAGCCCUCACAGCUCUCCCACAAGCACGCCACGCCUGCUGAAGAGUCUGAGUUUUGAGCUGCAGCCAGACGAUGUAAUAGAGAAGCCCAUGUCUCCCAUGCAGUAUGCUCGGUCAGGGUUGGGCACAGCUGAGCUUAAUGGCAAGCUAAUUGCUGCAGGUGGCUACAACAGAGAGGAGUGUUUGCGUACAGUGGAAUGCUAUGAUCCACAGAAGGACGCAUGGACGUUCAUCGCACCUAUGAGAACACCCAGAGCUCGGUUCCAGAUGGCCGUUUUAAUGGGGCAGCUGUAUGUUGUGGGUGGGUCAAACGGUCACUCGGAUGACUUGAGCUGCGGGGAAAUGUAUGAGCCAGAAAUAGAUGACUGGACUCCUGUUCCAGAACUGAGAACCAAUCGCUGCAAUGCAGGAGUGUGUGCCCUGAAUGGAAGAUUGUACAUUGUUGGUGGUUCAGAUCCUUAUGGCCAAAAGGGACUUAAGAACUGUGAUGUGUUUGAUCCCAUAACAAAAUCCUGGACAAGCUGUGCCCCCCUCAAUAUCCGGAGACAUCAGUCUGCGGUGUGUGAGCUGGGGGGCCACCUGUACAUCAUUGGUGGGGCGGAGUCGUGGAACUGCUUAAGCAGCGUGGAGCGCUACAAUCCUGAGAACAACACCUGGACCCUGAUGGCACCCAUGAACGUGGCUCGGAGGGGAGCUGGAGUGGCUGUGCAUGACGGAAAACUUUUUGUUGGAGGAGGAUUUGAUGGCUCUCAUGCAGUGAGCUGCAUGGAGAUGUAUGACCCUGCUAAAAAUGAGUGGAAGAUGAUGGGAAAUAUGACCACUCCAAGAAGCAAUGCUGGGAUUACAACAGUUGCAAACACUAUUUAUGCAGUUGGGGGAUUUGAUGGCAAUGAAUUCCUGAACACAGUUGAAGUCUACAACCCAGAAUCAAAUGAAUGGAGCCCCUACACAAAAAUUUACAAGUUUUAAGUGAAUUAAAUUCCCAUUUUAAACUAACAGGCUUAGUGAUCUAAUUGUGUUUUAGUAGAGGUACACGUGUGAAUAGGGCUGGGGAGGGCGUAGAUGUUGCCAACAGCAACACAGAGCUUUUGCAUAUUGCAUAUUAAUGUGCUGUACAUAUUUGUUUUGGGAAAAAUAUUGAGAUGAAGGGGUUUCUGGUAUAUUUUAGAACUUCAUUUUAGUUUUUUUUAAAAGACUUUGAAGAUACUGCAAGAGAACCCUGACUGGGCCUGUCAUUUCAGGAGCUUCCUCCAGCGUUUGUUUUUGUCACUUUGCACAUGAAGCAACUUUCUUUUCUCGCAGCGUGUUCCUGAGGCAGGAAGUGCAAGGACUGGGGAAUAGUUUUCUCAUCGGGCCUUGUUUCUCUUCAGUAACUGAAACAAUCUGUAACAAGCCUUAUUUAAACAGAUACAAUGUUUGGGUUUUUUUUUUUUUUUUUUUUAAUUAAAAAAAAUAUAUGCCUGCUACUACCUUGUCUUUUAUGAUUGUCUUUUUAUAACAGUUUUUAUAUACUCAGCAGAGCGUUUUAUCUGUUGAAAUAAAAAUGGCAGAUAAAGUUAUUGAAGCAAGGAGGCAGCCUUGGACUUCACAGUGAAUAAGUGCAACGACUGAUUUACCUCUGUACGUGAGCUUCUGAGCUUUUGCCUCUGCUACAGCAUUGCAACUUAGCAUGCAGAACUUUGGUGAGAUGGGAAUGGAGUUUCUGAACGUGAUGUAGCUCUGACUUUCCAGUAUGGGAAGCUUAUUUUGGCUCCAAAUACUUUGACAAAAAUGCAGAGGGUGAUUUCUGUACAGCAGUUUUGUUACUAUGGUUGACCUAACAUUUGUAAAACAAACUUUAAGUGUGGGGUUUUUCUCAUGGUUUUUAAACUAUUUCUGAGUUGGCAAUGAAAAUGUAUUCAUCUGAUCUGUUUAGUAACUGUCUUUUUUUUCUAAUAUUACAAAUUUAAACUCUGGUAGGACACAUCAAGUUAUGUGCUCAUAGUACUAUGUUUAGUUCAUUUCUUCUGUUCAUACAGAUAAUGCGUUGGCUUGGAAGACUAAAUGUGUCUAAAUGAGUAGUUGCUGCACAUCUAACUCCAAGUGCCAGAAGCAUCACUUACGGCUUGCUGAUGAUGCAAACACAUUAAAGGUACCUUUUGGGAAAUCCUUGCACCACA